AUGGCUGCUCGUCCUCAGAACAUUGGCAUCAAGGCCAUCGAAAUCUACUUCCCCAGCCAGUAUGUUGAGCAGAGCGAGCUCGAGAAGUUCGACGGUGUUGCCGCCGGCAAGUACACCAUUGGUCUCGGCCAGACAAAGAUGGCUUUCUGCGAUGACCGCGAAGACAUCUACUCCAUGGCUCUGACCGUCACAUCGAACCUGAUUAAGAAGUACAACAUUGACGUCAACUCGGUUGGCCGCCUCGAGGUUGGCACUGAGACCAUCCUAGACAAGUCCAAAUCGGUCAAGUCGGUCCUCAUGCAGCUCUUUGGCGACAACACCAGCCUCGAGGGUGUUGAUACCCUCAACGCCUGCUACGGUGGCACCAACGCCUUCUUCAACUCCGUCAACUGGGUCGAGUCCUCUGCCUGGGACGGCCGUGACGCCAUUGUCGUCGCUGGUGACAUUGCUCUCUACGCCGCGGGUGCCGCCCGCCCUACUGGUGGCGCUGGUGUCGUUGCCAUGCUCGUCGGCCCCAACGCCCCCGUUGUUGCCGAGCCCGGCCUGCGUGGUACCUACAUGCAGCACGCCUACGACUUUUACAAGCCCGACCUGACCUCCGAGUACCCCUACGUCGAUGGCCACUACUCAAUCAACUGCUAUACCAAGGCUCUCGAUGCCGCUUACCGCGACUACUGCAAGCGUGAGGCUAAGCAGCACACCAAUGGCGCCGCCAACGGUGAGGAGGGCAAGACCUCGCUCGACCGCUUCGACUACUUGACCUUCCACUCCCCCACUUGCAAGCUUGUCCAGAAGUCCUAUGCCCGUCUUCUGUACCACGACUUCCUCGCCAACGCCGACCUCCCCGCCUUCGCCGAGGUUGCCCCCGAGCUCCGCGAUAUGGACUACGAAAAGUCCCUGACCGACAAGGCCGUUGAGAAGACCUUCAUGGCUCUCACCAAGAAGCGCUUCCAGGAGCGUGUCAACCCCGCCAUCCAGGUCGCCACCAUGUGCGGCAACAUGUACUGCGCCAGUGUCUGGGGUGGCCUCGCCAGCCUUCUGUCCCUUGUUCCCAGCAAGGACCUUGAGGGCAAGCGCAUUGGCCUCUUCAGCUACGGCUCCGGUCUCGCCGCCUCCUUCAUGUCCUUCCGCGUCAACGGCAGCGUUGAGAACAUUGCCAAGGUCCUCGACAUCUCCUCCAGACUCGAGUCCCGCCGCGCCGUCCCUCCCGCCACAUACGACGAGAUGUGCAACCUCCGCAAGCAAGCCCAUCUUCAGAAGGACUACACCCCCAAGGGUGAGACCUCGACCAUCAUCCCUGGUGCUUACUAUCUUACCAAGGUCGACGACAUGUUUAAGCGCGAGUACGCCGUCCAAGCCUAA